ACCCUCCUAAACCCCAGUUGACAUUUACUCUCCCACUCCCAGACUCCUACUCGCCGAGCCCAAACCCAAAAUGUUCCUCCUCCAGCGGCGUUGCGCCUCCGCGCUCUCCGCACCCUUCCAGCUCCGCCGCUACACCCAAUCCGCCGCAGCCGCUCUCGUCGACGACGAUUCCAACCCGGAGUCCUUCCCCCGACCCGAACUGAAAUACGACGAGACCAUCCUUGCCGUCCCGCGCUUAACCUCCUGCAAAAGCAUCGCCGCCAAAGAGCAGAAGGCCGGCCCCGUCCCCGACAUCAUCUUCGAGCAAGAGGACGGCCAGCACGGCGGCAAUAAACGACUCAUCUCCUUCCGCACGAACCAGAUCCGCAAGCUCCUCAAUCAUCUCGGCCGCUCUUUCUUCCUCUCUCGCCUCUUCCACCUCGAGGUCCGCUCCGACUUCGAUGCAGACGACGUCGUUGAGAAAGUCCGCGUUUUACCGCGCUUGAUUCAUCUACACUCGAGCACCGAUGCUCCGCUUAAUGUGACCUUCAUAAGGGCCCCUUCAAAUGCUUUGUUGAAAGUCGAAAUUCCUCUUGUAUUCAGAGGAGAUGAUAUCUCUCCUGGAUUGAAGAAAGGUAACAACAACCUUCAAAAUUUCGCAAUCUAUCUCAAGAAUUUGUGUUCAGUUCAGUGGGAGUUUAAGAUUAUAGCUAAGAAGGUUAUAGAAUUUCCAGAUCGAUUAGAGGAUAAAAAGUAG